AUGAACUCAUUAUUAUGCUGUCAAGACUUCUCAGCUUUGAAAUUCGAUCAACUUCUCGAUAUUGUGGACAUGACGAACAGGUUCCGAUGUUUUGGUCGCACAUACUUCUCCCACUCGUCUAAUGAGCUCAAUGCAUCAUUGGAAAAGCAAGCAGGAUCAUACUUCACCCGCUAUCAUGCGGAAAGAAUGGAGGAACUGCGCAUGUUUCUGGAGAAUGAGUGCUUCACCAUAUGUCCGGUGUCGCCGCAGUUCACAAUAUUCGACCUUCAAGACUUUUCUUUCCUGGAAGAACUGAGAAAGCAGAAAGCGGAUUUGGCAGCACCUUCUAGCGACACAGCGGAGCAAAAUGGUUUCAAACCAAUCCCAGCGCAAUUUGUCAAUCCUUUUGCUAGCACUGAGCUGGAGUCAAGGAAGCAAUCACAGCGCAACUCACGGUCGACUGAUGAUCGGGAUGAUCCGCAUGAAGGCAGUGGCAAUGAGGAAGAGGAAAUUGAAGCAGCUCCGAAUUUAUGCAACACAGCACUCACACUUCUUCGGUUUUUUGGAAGAUAUAUGCGCAUGACGUCAUUGUUGCCUUCAAUAGCUGAGCAUUCUGUGCCAGCCCUUACUCAGUUGUUCGAAUAUUUCUUUUAUUCUAUAUGUCUAUUCUUUGGAUCAGACGGGUCAGAUAAUAUGGAAGCACCUCUUAGGAUAAGAUAUGUUCUUGAAGAUAUCGAGCUACGUCUACUAGGAAAUGGAAAUGAUCACGCUGCGGACUUGGGACGACUUACUGCGCCAACACCAUGUUCGGGACUAAAUUUGAGCCAUGUGGACGAACUAUUUGGAGCGGUUGAACGAGUCGUAGGCGUUGAGUCCCUGUUAGUUUUUAAUUACUCGCCAAGUAUUCUGCCGCACUAUUUUUUUUUGUCAAGGGAAUUUGUGGCUCGUCAACUAGACCUUGUACGCCCAGUCAUGGAGUUUUUGAUAUGCCCAACAGACGAGAAUACACUGAGAGCGCUGGACCAAUUUUACGCAAAUGUAAUGGUUUCUUGUUUUAGAAUCUCCAAUAUGGAUCUACAGUCGCAUCAUUACAUAUGAUC